ACGAAGCGGCAGGUCUCUCUUCACUAUUUCUCUUCCACAUGUUCAUGAAACACAAAAUAAUACGAAAUUUAUUUUCAACUUUCUACAAGUCAUCCAAAUUUUCGACUUUAUUCGCAAACUUGACUAUCCAUAAAAUUAAUUUUAGGAACGAUACAUUUUAUGAAAUUACUUAACCGAACCAAUUCAUCAGUUGCAGUGCAAUAUUUAAAGUAAAUCUAGUCCAGGAUUCGUUUUUUACAAUAUUUAAACAAUAUCGCCAUCAUACAUAACUGCGAAACAAAUAUAUGUGCAGGAUACUGAACACUCGCAUCAAAACGGAAUAAUAUGUUCACCAAUUAUUCAUCUGCCACCUGACAAAUAUACUGUUAAUCCUCAUUGUUACUUCACUUUUAAGAGAAAAUCCGAUCAGAAGUGAAAAAUACGAUAUGGCAGAAGCGCUGGAAAGGAAUAAAGUACAUUCGAACGUGUAUUAUCUCGGCCACUUCAACUCAGCCUUUAUUAAGCAAUUUGAACUGGCUGUAAAAGAUUAUGAAAAAUCAAUUCAGCCUGGUAGAGAAACUCAUGCAAAGAAAAGUACGUUUGUCCAUGGAGGCGGAACAGGCAUUGGAGGAGUUUUGGGUGGAAUACUUGGCCUAUAUUUUGAAGUAAAAGGCCUCGCCGGACCUGCCGCAACGGGUGGCAGCAUGGCAGGAAAUUAUUUCCAUAACAAAUUUCAAUUUCGUGAAAAAGCGAAGAAAAUAGUCGCCACACUUCAAAAUUCGGAUUCCAGUAAAGAAACAUUUUACGACGUGAAACAACAACGCCAAAAUCUGUACAAAAUCCUAGUCCAAGGUGCUACUGAAGUCUUUGUAGCGUUCGAAGAAAUAUUUAUGGCAGUGGCACAACACGAUUUGCGUGACUUGGACAAAAUCGCGCAUGACGCAGUUGGUCGCAUUUUUAAUUAUCUGAGUCACUCUGAUUUGCAAGAAUUUUCAUCUGAAUCAAUCUGGAGAGGUGUUUUAGAAGGGGAAUCAAAAUUAAGUACGCUUGGAAAAGCUACACAAUCAAAAACGAGGGGGCAUAAAAUCUAUUUUGUCAAAAAUGGUGCAGAUGAGGACGACACAAAAAUGGAAUCUAAUAAGAAAACUAGCUUUCUCCAAAAGCUACCAUUACCAAAGUUACCAAAGUUGAAGCUCAGCAAAGCUUCGAAGAUGGUCACUCAGAAACUUUAUUCUCAACCAAAACUCCCCCGAAAUAAGAGUGCAGUUAAAAUUAAUUCCUGUGACAUGUUUAACUUUUCCGGCGUUUUAUUUCCCAUUGAAAAUAAUCCUUUUAAAAAGUUUACUCUUUAUGCUAAAGAUAGCGACAAACUUAACUUGUAUGGAUACCGUCUCUCGUUUGAGGGAGAAAGUAGUGAAUAUUUGGAACGGUUAGGGUACAAGUCACUGGAUGACAUACGCGACGAUAAAUAUGAAGAGAACAGAAUUAAUGAGAAUCAAUUAGACGAAGCAAAUGAGAAGAUUCUCAAAGAUCUGGAAGAAGACUGGAAAAAAUUGCAGAAUGAUAUUUCUACUGUCCACCAAGAAGUGCAGAAUGUGGGGAACAUACUUUACGACAAAGUUGAGAACAUAGCUCAGAUCAUUCAACAACCCAAGAUUAAAGAGGAAAUCCCCUUUUUACCUUAUCCAAAACCUGAUAAAAAUUUCACUGGCAGAAUUCGGCUUAUGGGCGAUGUUAUCAAGUGUUUCACAUCAUGGGACAAAAAAUCUAAUCAGCAGAUUGGAUUCCCACUCGUCGAUCUCCACGGUCUCGGAGGUCAUGGAAAAACACAAACUGCACAAAGUAUCGCAGCCCGUUGCAUUAAAGAUGACCUUUUUAAUGGCGUGAUCUGGAUUGACGCCGAAACACAAUCUGGAAUCAUGGACAAAAUCAAGAGGGAAUUAGAACAUCAAGAAAUUCAAAACGUGCCUGAAAAUGAUGGGAUACUACUUGCUAAUAAACUUUACGAUUUCAUAAUUUCCAAAAGUCCACAAAAAAUUCUAGUCAUAUUCGACAACGUGGAAGGAUUUGAAGAAGUAGAGAGCUAUUUACCGUUCAACAAAAAUGUGGAUAAUAUUGCCGUAUUAAUCACAUCCGUGGAGAAGAUUAUAGUUCCAACUGGAAUGGGAGAAAUUGACACUUUCAAGGUGGACAUUUUUGAAAAAGAUGAAGCUAAUGAGUUGGUAGUUAAAGUACUGAAUGUUGGCGAAACGGAACCUGAUAUUUCCCUACUUGUCUCGGAGUCUGGACGAAUACCAGUAAUUCUUUGCAUCAUGACAGGAACCAUUGUCAGCGUUCGGAACCUAGGACGCUCUUCAUAUUCUAUAACGCAGUUUCUAAAAGAAAUGAAGGACAAAUCAAAAAUACUCAGAUACCCAACCGAUCCCAAUACCAAAGAUGAUCUCAGAAUGCAAUACAAGAAAAGUUUGUACACCUGUGUCAAAAUUGCUUUGGAAAAAUUGCAAGAAUCCAACCAUUUGUACGCCCCACUCGCAAUUCAUUUUAUUGAAAGAUGUCCGUACUUCUACAAUCUUUGUCCCAUUGAUUAUUUCCUCAAACAUGUCACUACUAUCAAACGGGAUAUGAAGGAAAUUUCAAAAGCAUCCUUGAUCCCUCUCAAACCAAUUGAGGUGCUUAAAAAUGCAAUCCGGCUCGUUUCAUCAUUCUCUUUAAUUAACUACAAAUCUGAAAAAUAUUCGGAAUUUGGGUUUGAGGUGGAAAUGCAUCGUCUGGUCCAGAGCACGAUAAGAUUAAUACAAGAGGACGAAAAUCUAGAGCACGACAUAUUAGACGACCUACUCGGCUGUGAGGAUUAUCCAAAAUCUAAAUUUAGCGACGUCAAACUGGAUAAGACUGACGAAGCCUUUUUUCACUCCGGUUCAAUUGCCAUUCUUUGGUCACACACGAUACAUUAUGAAGAUCUAAUUAGAAAAUACUUCAUGGAGCAAGCAUCCCUAAAAAAGAUGAUUGACUGUGGGUUCUUCAACGAGGUCAGAAAAAUCAUCCAAGUACUCGGAGAAGAAAAUGCAGUCAAGAGAAUGCUUCAGUUUGAACCUGAUCAAGCCGUUUCCAGAGUAGUAACUCGAAAUGCAUUCCAAUCAGCUUUAAAAAAUGACUUUAACGGACUAGGACUACAUUUUAUACGAAUACUUCAAGAUUGGCGAAGUGAUAUUUGCGACACGCUUUGGACAGCGGGGAUAACAAGCACUCUAAAAUUUUGCACAGAAAGCUUGAACCCAGACGUGGUGACCGUUUUGGUGGAGAAAUUCGCCUUAGACGCCGACUUUUUAUCAAGCAAGAUUGGCAACGAUACUCUACUCGUGCACGCCAUACUUUGCGGUAAACUGCACGUUGCAAAACAUUUAUUAGACAAAAAUGCAAAUCCAUGUGUCAAAGGGUAUCAUGGAUACACUCCCUUGCACGUUUUGGCAUGUCGAUGGGAGAAAGGAAAAGCGGGAACAUGGAAUCUCCUGGCAGCCCAAAUUGUUUCAAAAUACCCGACACUGAUCUACGAAAAAGAUGACAAUGGAACAUUACCUUUCAUGAUAGCGGCUGAAUCUGGAUAUAAAAGUGCCUUAAAUUUUCUUCUCAGCAAUAUGGAAGAUCCGACGUCUCAAAUUGAUUGUUGUGAUAAAAAGGGGAACAUUGCGAUGAUGCUGGCCAUUCAAAAUAUUGGGUACAAAUCAAUGUCAGGCGUCGUCCAGGUUUUAAUGCAGUACGGAGCAGAUAUUCAUUACAGAAACCCUAACAACUUAUGGAAUGCGUGGCAUUACGCAUUUAGUUCUGAGUUUGGUUACAAGAAAAGCAAGAAAUCGAGAUUUUACAAUGUUCUCAAGAUUCUAGUAGAAAACAAUGUUUCGCCAGAUAUUCCAAAUGAGAAUGGUGACACAUUUUUCCAUUCGAUGUUGAAGAAGAAUGAUAAGCUUCGUUUUGUCAAAAAAUCCAACAUUACAGAACUCUUGGAGUUUAUAGCUUCAAAUAACUUGUGCGCAAUAUUUGAUUGCAAAAAUGGAGACGAUCUGACGGUUUUGGAGUUGGCUGAGAGCCUGAAGAUUUCUGGAAGUUGUAGAGAGGAGAGCGAUUAUUCGGAAGACGCGAUGUCCUGGGUGGAUGAGAAUAGUGGAAAUUCCAGUGACGAAUAUUGUCAAAUCGAUGAUAAUAAUUUACUUGAAGACGGGGUCAGGUCACUUACCGUGUCUGAAGAGAUUUCUGAGGACGACGUGCCAAAUAAUGAUAAAUUGGGAUGGAUGGAGGAUGAAGACGGUAACUUAAUUUGCAUUAAUGAUUUUAUACGCGACGCCUUUGAAAAUUUCGUCAAUCUAGACGUUGUUAUUGAUUUCAUUAAGAAUUUAAAAAGUGAAUGAGCUUACUGUGAAAUGAAAUUUAUUGUGCCAAAGAAAACUAAAUGUAUGUAAUUAAAAUGUGUUUAGCCGGUGCUGUUUCAUACUAUUUUACUUGAUUUCUUAACUAUCUAAAUAGUCAUAUUAUAACUUAUUUAUGUAUUAUGUGAGGUUUCACUGUGUCGAAUUGUGUCAUUUUGCUGUUCUCCACACAUUAAAAAAAUUGUAAAAUAUUA